GAACUCCGAUGAGUUCAAAUGUGCGCGUCGCGGAGUGUUUUUUUCGCGUCUGUGAAACAGUGAGUUUGACCCUUGCGAGAUGUAUAUUCAUUCUGGAAUGUACAUAUGUAUGUACAUACGUAUUAAAAUGUCAUCUGGUGCAACGUGAUAUAUCUUUUAAUUAAACUUUGAAUAAACGUCAUUGAAGAAACUGCAGCUGAUGUCCGAACCAACCAGUUCUUUACUCACGUGUUCGGAAAUAGUGAACAACGCUGAGUGCAGUCUGUGCAACUCCGUUUAAUUCAUACUAGUAACGUAUUUAAUAUUCCAAUUUCAUGGCAAGUUCUAUAAUAAAUUAAUUAGUCUUAUUACCUGCGUCAUCAAAACAAGUGUUAGUGACAGUGAGCCAAUCCUAGCGUUUUGUGACACUGCGAAAACAUCUCUGAGGGACCAGAUCCAGCAAUGUGUCUAUUUCAGCAGAGCGGGUUAAUAUCCUGCAGGUAUUCGGCCAGUGUGACGCCGGACGACGCCGAAUGAAUUGCUGAUCGUAAUCGCGGUUUUCUUGCAAAUCUUUUCGUCGACAUCGUACGGUCAGGAAUGGCGACCUUGCGUGGAAUUAAAAAGAGACCUUUCGCUGCCUUGCAAAUGUUCCUUGUCGCCGAGUCACCAGCGGGCAAUAGCGAUGAAUUGCGACGGUGUGAUAUUCACCCGGGACGUGAUCGAGGGGUUGAAACAACAGCCGAUAGUAUCGUUCAGCCAAAAAACCGUCGGCUACAAAACUCUGCCGGAGGAUCUUCUGAGCGUUGGAUUGCCGGUGGAAAAAUUGGACUUGUCCGAAAAUUCGAUAACCAAACUUAUGGACCGGCUUUUGCAAUCUCAAAGCCGUCUCCAGGAGCUUAGAUUAGCCGGGAAUUUACUCGGUGACAAUUUGAACCCGAUAUUUUCGAGCAACGAGUUUCACGAGAUGAGGGAACUCAGAGUUCUCGAUCUUGGUCAGAACGGGCUGCGCAGCAUCGAGGAAGGCAUUUUUAAGGGAUGCUGGAAACUCGAAGAGCUCUACUUGGAUGGAAAUAAUUUGACUUCGGUGCCUACCGCGUCGCUGAAAGGACCGGAGGCCAUUAAAUUACUGUCCCUGUCUCGCAAUAACAUCGGAUCCGUGAUGCGUGACACCUUCACUGGCAUCAGCAAAUCUCUAGAAGCGUUGGACCUCAGUUGGAACAGCAUUUCGCAUAUGGAUGACGAAGCUUUUGUCGCUCUAGGAAAUCUCGUUUCUCUCAACGUUUCCCACAACGAUUUAACGCGUUUCAACAGCGACGUUUUUAACGGAGCCUUCAAUUUGGCGCAACUCGACCUAUCCAUAAAUUACUUCAAGGAAUUCCCCACCGUUGCUCUCAGGCAUUUGUACGCGUUGACUUUCUUAAACCUGUCCAACAAUUUGAUCAGUGAAAUUAAGCAAACACAUCUAUCUGGGCUAACGGAGCUCGAAGUACUGGAUCUGAGCAGGAACAACAUAGCUCGAUUAGGAGUGAACGCGUUCUCGAACCUUUCCAGUCUUGUUCGUGUCGAUUUGAGCUUAAAUGCACUGCGCACGAUCGAAGAAUCCGCGUUCGAGGGCUUGACAAAUCUAAAGUGGAUAUCUCUGCAGGAUAACAACAUCCUGCUGGUACCUGGAUCGGCAUUGUCUCGGCUUCCUGCCCUCACGCAUCUGCAUAUCGAAUACAAUCGAAUAGCAGCUCUUUCGAUCGAUCUUUUGCGUACAUCAUCUACGACCCUUCGCACACUGGGAUUGUCCCGCAAUUUAGUUAGAGAAAUACCAGCUCGUUUGUUUGAAAAUUUUCAAGUUUUGAAGAGUAUCGAGCUGAACGGUAACGUGAUAUCAUCUCUGUCUCCGAAUACGUUUAUCGGUAUAGAAGACAGCUUGGAGAACCUUGAUCUUUCUAAUAACCGUUUAACGGCAAUUGGAGAACUUCCGUUGACGAAUUUGGUUUCGUUGAACCUGGCCGGAAAUUUACUGAAACGCGUUUCGCCGGAAACUUUCAAGAUAAUGACAAACUUGCGAUAUUUGAAUUUAAGCAGUAAUCCGCUUUACGGUGGAUUUCCACCAAUUUUUCCGCCGAUGCUAAGAACACUUGACAUUUCCUAUACCGGGCUCAAGAUUUUACCUUCGAUUCUGUUCCUCAAUUUGGAAUCGCUUGAGAAGGUUUCGCUAACCGGUAAUUAUUUGCAAGAAAUCGGAGAGAGCACCUUCCAAUAUCUUUACAAUCUUUCCUCGAUCGAUCUUUCGUUCAAUGUUAUCGAAAGCAUUCAAAAAGGUGCUUUUGUCAGUCUGAUUAACUUGUACGAGCUGAAUCUACGGGGUAAUAAAUUAGUCUCAUUUGGCGGUGAGUUUUUUAACACGGGAACUGGUCUCGAAGUAUUGAAUUUAUCUGAUAAUCUACUCAGUUACCUGUCCCCCACAGCAUUCGUUAUUCAUCCAAGACUGAGAGCAAUCGAUCUCUCAAACAAUCGUUUCACUUACUUCCCCAGUGAUUUUAUCAAGCCGUUGCAAUUCUUAAAAGAUGUCGACCUAUCCAACAAUAUGUUAAUCGGUGUAAACGAGUUCGCGUUCUCUCAAGUGGCGCGACUGAAGACGUUGGAUUUAUCGGGUAAUAAAUUAGAGUCCGUAGACGAGCUAGCUUUCCAUAACUCAACACAGCUCCAGACUAUACGUUUGGCAAACAACAAUUUGGAACUGCUCAGCGAACGAACCAUGGAAGGCAUACUUCGAUUAAAGUACCUCGAUCUUUCAAACAACAAGCUUACUUCGUUGCCUGAAACAAUGUUCGACUCAUCCAGACUCCGAGCUUUGGAGAACAUAAAUUUAUCCGGAAAUAAAUUUGUUCAAAUUCCAGUUAGGGCGUUGCAGAAACAGUCUCAGUCACUGUACAGUUUGAACAUGGCCAACAACAAAUUGGUAGAAGUAUUCAGUCAAGACACCGUGAGCAAUGUCAAGGAGCUUGACUUGUCGGGAAAUCCAUUGAGCGAUAAUGCUGUACGCGGAAUUUUAGGAGAGGCAAAGAUACUGCGAUCGCUGAACCUCGCGAAUACGGGGAUCAAAGCCAUAACAAGAUUGGAAACACCGUUCUUGCGAUACUUGAAUGUAUCGGGAAACAACAUAAGCGACAUUGGACCAGUCGCCUUGGAGCGCACUACCAUGCUGGAAAGCUUGGACAUAUCCAGAAAUAAUAUAGCUGAUUUUACGAACUUAAUUGAAACCUUCAAGACUCUUUCAGUACUCCAUACCUUGGACGUUUCGCAUAACGCAAUCAAGGCUGUAAACGAGAGCAGUUUCGGCGGUCUGAACGCGCUUCAGGAAUUGAAAAUGAUCGAUCUACCAGACUGCACCAGGAUCGAAAGAAACGCCUUCAAGACACUGGGAAAGCUCAAGUCUUUGCAGGCCUACGAUUAUCCGAGACUUGGAUACUUCGACGUUCAGGGUAUCCUGAAGUACAUGGACGGCAUCGAAGUUGUGGAUAUUGAAAUCAAGGACUCCACAGUCGGCAACGAACAACUAUCCAUCAGAUCUCACCCCCGUUUACGGUCGCUAACUUUGCGAGGAGAGAGGCUCCGAAAUAUUCUCUCAAGCUCCCUGGUAGGCGUCAGGAACCAAGAAUUGACUAUCGGGCUGAAGGACACAUCGAUCGACACGAUUCCGAACGCUUUAUUCUUCCCCGUGCCUCGGUCCACGAAGGUCACCUUGGACGUAGCCGGCAGCCGAUUCUCCAGCUUGCCGCAGCAGUUUAUCGCCGCCUUGGAAGAUAGGAGUGACACCAUCGUCCUCAAGGGCCUGGAUUCGAAUCCCAUAAAAUGCGACUGCCAGGCGAUACCGCUUUGGCGCUGGCUGACGAUGUCGAAGCAUAAAAUAGUCACCCUGGCAGUAAAAUGCGCGAGCCCUGAGCACGUGGCUGGAAGGUACAUCACGGAUCUGAACGAAAACCAUCUUAGCUGCGACAGUACGUCAUCAACGAAAUUCGACUCGACAGAUCCCACGGCGGCUGUGCGAUCCACGACAUCCGAACCGGAAAUAAUUUGGACCGCAGCCCCAACGACCCAGGAUGGUAAUAAAAAGAAGUAUCACAACGGUGACGCGACGUCGCCGACUGGAAGUAACACCACAACUACCGACGACACUUUGGUCAUCGGUAUUGUGGGGGGAGUUUUCGCGAUCGUUGCAAUCGUCGUUAUACUUAUAUGCAUUUGCCGGUUGAGAUGGAGCAAUCAGGUCAACGAGGCUCGCAUGGCAGCCAUGGCUUCCAGCAUUCACGAAGCCUCGGUUAUCAGGCCGGGUAGCACUUACUCGGGAAAAGCUAAUCAAGACCUUUACAUGGGGUCUUACAACGGGUCUGUGCUGGGCCACGGUAACAACAUGUCCGGAAUAUCCGGAUCCCCCGUUCACACUCCUUUACCUAUGAUGCCCAUGGUACAACCGAUGCACAUGAUGCAGCCGAUGCACAGGCCAAUGUCGCAGCCGAUUUAUGGCUACUACGAAAACCCUAAUCUACCCGUUUACAUGACUUACUCGUCUGAUCGUGAGAACAAAUUUGACAGAUAAUCGAACGUGAUCCGUUGUACCAAAAACUCCCUUUAGACCAGCAGUUUCAAAUGUUGUAACAUGACUUUUUUUUCCGCGAUGAGUGAGGAAAUGUGAGGUAUGCAUAGUUCAACCGGUUACGCUAUAAAUACGUCAUGUUACCAAAAAUUCAUCGCCUCUUUUUUCACAUUACGUACUACUCUGACACUGCCAAGCUUUCAGUGACUUUUCGUGCUCAACAAAUGUACAUACACGUAUGAAAGCAAAGCUUGCUAUUCUGUUCGCAAUAUUAGAACGGUAAUAAGGUUGUCGCGGGUCCAUGGACCAUGUUCGUUCAAUCGUGAUGUCUGAAAGCAGCUAUAAUAACGGAAACUGAAUAUCAGUAUCAGUGAUCCUUUCCGUGCUGCAUAAUAUUGCGCUAAAUUUAUGUAAAGCUUGUGCUGUUUGUUUCUUUUUCUAUGACAUGAUUAUAAUUGCAUCCAACAUUUAGAAUCAAAUCAGUCACAGAUAGCAGUGUAUUUCGUAUAAACACAUUGUAUUUAGACAUGUUGGAUCUGAUUUUUAAUUGAAAUGUUUUAGUAGAUAAAUGUCAUCAGAAAAGUUAUCGCCGGAAGCUCAUGAAAUCGAUUGAAAGAAAUACUUGCACGAUUCUCCCGCCGCUGCUCAACGUACAUAUUUUAUUUCUAUUUGGCUGCACACAAUCAAAAAAUACAAAUAUCAAUCUGUUUUCAUUCGUAACGUUACCGUUGACGCAGUUCGCUGCAGCUUGUAUGCAAAUCUCCAAAAGACGAAUAAGCAAUUAGAAUUCUAGCCCCGUUAGAUAUAUCUGAAUCCAGUGUCGAAUAAAUUAGAUUUUGUAAUCUAAUCUCGGCAAUUCGCUUAUACACUAGCAUAGGUACAUAAUUGUAAAUAUAUAUUUUAUUGAUAUGUUAUUAUUAUUAUUUAAGUAACACACAAAAUAUGUCUUCGCGUUUUAAGCUUAUAACGAAGUUGCAAUAGCUUCCACGAGUUUUAUUGUUUACUACUACGUAUAUAUAUAUAUAUAUAUAUUCGUAAAUGGUAUAUUUUUAAUCAAAUUUAAUGUAAAUACAAGAAACCGAUUUCCCAUCUCAGUUUAUUUGACGGUAGUAAAUUAUGAUAGUAUCCGCCAUUUAGAAAUUCGAGAAUCACGAUGAAAUAUAGAUUUUAUCGAGAUAUAGAAUUGAUAUAGUUAUACCUACAAAAUACAGUAAUAUGUCACAAAUUUAGCUGUCUCGAUUCUUCUACCGCACGGUCAAGCUUUAUAAUUAUGAUUAAAUGUUCAUCGUAUAUUCAUAAGUCAUACCUCCUCCACCAAAUAUAGACAUUACCGGGAUAGAAUAUUACUCGGAAAUGUCACAAUAUGCAGCACGCGAUUCUUCGUACCUACUAUGUGGGACCGCAGUGAAAAAUAAACAAGUUGACAAUCUCUCUAAUUCGUAAGAAUUUCCAUUUGUGGUGCGUGAAAGAGUCUCUGAGAAAAAUACAGUAUUUUCCUCUAGCACAAAUUACCAAGUAAAAUCCAACAGUUCUAAUCGUGAUGUCGGUAAUUGAUUAAGCCGUAGCAAGUCGAAUAGUCUGACGAAGAGAGCGGAAAACAUGGCCAAGGGUAAUGUUAAUAACACGAAAUGUAAGUUUUUUAAGUUUAUGUAUUCAUCAUUUCAAUUGUUUGUCCUUUUUGCAUCGACAUUAUUAUAUUACAUGUACACGUCACAUAUUAUACAAUAUCCUCGAAGCAACUGUACAUCAGGUAAAAUAUCUUAAGUAAAAAAAUGAAUGUCCCGAUUUUUCUAAAUGCUGUAAACUGCGCUUAAAUUUCAUACUUUGGUGAACGAUAGGAUCAUCGUUCAUUAUAAGAGACGUUAAAGUGUUGCCUUAAAUUAUUUAAAUCAAAUAUCAAAGAUCGACAUAUUAAGUAAAUAUUUGUGAAGGCAGUAAUUAUAUUAUUAUGGAGUAAUAAAAUAGAUUAAAUACAAAUCAACAAUAUUCAGCCAGCAA